AUGUUGAAGGCAGCUGAUAUAAAGGAGAAAAUAGAUGAUCCAAUUUUUAUUGAAUUAUAGAAUAGUGCCAUCAAAUUAGAAUAAUUAUUUUAUUAACAUGUAAAAUGUUAUGAUAAAAACAUGGAUGAGAGAUAUGAUCAUUAUAUGAAAGUGGCAAAUAGAUUAUAAUUUAAGAAAUUAAUGUUUUUUUUAUAUUUUUGUGGAGAAUUAAAAAGAAUAAGUUUGAACAUUUUUGAUAAUAAUAGUUGUUUUAAUCAUCCUUUGAUAAAAAAUGAUAUUGAACUAAAUAAGUAAUCUAUUUAUUAUUAAUUACUAAUAUCUUAAAAUGAUUGGAAGGAGAAGUAUGAUCUAUUUUUUAAUUGUACUAAUCAAUUUUAAACAAAUGAUUAAUUUUCAAUGUUAAUUAAAUAAGCCAAAAAAGAUGAAAUAGAUGAAUAUGAUCUAAUACCUAGAAAUUAAAAAUAAAUUUCAAAUAAAGUAGCUAAUGCAUAAAUAGAAUGUAUUGGCAAAUAAAAGAAACUUAGAUAUUUUAGAGGACAUUAUGUUUAAAAAGGUUAAAUAAAAACAACAGGUUAAACAACUAUAUAUUUUGAUCAUGAUGUAGACUCUGAAGAAAUUGAGAAUGAAGAUUUCGAAAAAGAAAUUUAAAGAUAAAAAGAAAAAGAGGAAUUAGAAAAAUAACAAGAAUAAUUUAUUAAAAUUUAUAAUUAAAUGUUUUCUAAGGAAGAAUAAGCUGAUUAAUUUAAGGAUUAAAAAGAUACUCAAAAUCAUAAAAAUAACAAAUUAAAAAAAAAAACAAGAGUACUUUGA